AUGUCGUUCUCUAUCCGCCUACUGCUCAUCAGCAUUUUUCUUACUUUCGCUACACUCAUUUCUGCGCAGUCGUCAUCUGGCGUUCCUUCAACCCCGGCACCUACAAGCAGCACCCCACCGCAAGGCAACGGAACUACUACGAGACCGCCAGAGGUUGCGCCAACUGGAUCUUCGCCCCCAGAUGUGCUUCUCCGCGUCCCUGAACUGCACGUUGGAAGGAUUGAACUAGGUGUCGAGAAGCUUCAGGCAGAUCUUAACCUCAACGCCAAGGUCGCCGGUCUCGUUCAGAUCAAUGCUGGUGUCCAGGUCGCCGUGGAGAAGGUCAACAUCACUAUUGCUGAUGUAGAUGUUGAACUCGAGUUGAUUGUACGAUUGGGCAACCUGGUCUCUAUCGUUGAGCGUGUCUUUGACUCUUUGGACCUGAACCCUCUCCUGAUCGGUUUGAUCGGAAACGUCACCAACUUGGUCGGAGAAGUGAUCGGUGCAGUCGACGGCCUUCUUGGAUCGAUUACGCAAAACGGAAAGACGCUCAACUUCUUGGUCGACAACCUCGGUAACAUCGUCCAAGAGGUCGUGGGAAGCGGCGGAGACGCCCUCCAGCAGAUUGUCGGAAACUUCAAGCUCAACAUGACCGAAGUCGCUGGAAGCGCAAAGCAGGUUGGCCAGGGAAUGACACAGAAGACCUUCAACUACGAGCCUCUCAACGCGCUCGUCGACAUCGUGACAAACACCGCUGGUCAAGUUGUAUCCGCGGUCGUCCAGAAGAAGAACGGUGGUGGUGGUGGCAGUGGCGGCGGCUCAUCGUCAACAGCUUCGGCUUCCGGUACUCCCAUGCCGGUUAGCCUGCCUGUCGCCUCAGCUACUAGCUCUGCGUAG